AUGCGUUCAACCUUGUCUAAAAAUUCGCGAAUCAUUAUUGUUGGUGGGGGAACUUGGGGAUGCUCAACGGCUCUCCACCUCACUCGCCGCGCCUAUAAGAACGUCACUGUCUUCGACCCUUUCCCAGUACCCUCGGCCAUUUCUGCAGGCAAUGAUAUCAACAAGGUUCUCGAAGCCGGUGAUGAUGAGGCAGUUGUAGCUGAGAUUCUGUUGGCUGCGGCUACACAGGGAUGGAAUAAAGAUCCAAUAUUCACCCCCUACUUCCAUAAUGUUGGAUAUAUUCUCGCGGCGUCCUCUCCACAAGCAAUCCAAAAUGUGCAAGACCGUGAGAUCAGGCACCAUGCUGGAAAUUUCUUUGAAUUGUCCACACCGGAGGGAUUCCGGAAGAGCAUGCCACCCGGAGUAUUGACUGGAGACUUUGCCGGCUGGAAAGGAUGGCACCAGAGGUCAGAAGUCGGUUGGGUACACGCCCGCAAAGCAAUGGUGGCAGCAGCUCGCGAAGCGGCUCGUUUGGGCGCCACUUUUGUCUGUGGAAAUGCCCGGGGACAGGUGAAGGAGCUGAUUUACGCAAACGACGGAGAUGUCCACGGCGUCAAAACCGCUGAUGGUCUCGAGCACUUUGCAGAUCGAGUGAUCAUUGCUGCAGGUGCUCAAGCGCCUUCGCUCGUAGAUUUCGAGAAUCAACUACGGCCGACUGCUUGGACAGUCGCACAUAUUCGAAUGUCACCAGAUGAGGCGAGGCUCUAUAAAAACAUUCCCGUCAUAUUCCAUAGCGAGAAAGGGUUUUUCAUUGAGCCUGAUGAGGAUAAACUUGAGCUCAAAAUUUGUGACGAACACCCAGGCUACUGUAAUUGGGUUCUCCAAGAUGAUGCGCUUCCACGCUCGAUUCCCGUCCCACGAAAUCAGAUUCCGGCUUCGUCUGCUCGCCGUAUUCGAGAAUUCUUACGAGAAACAGCUCCCCAACUUGCCGACAGACCGUUUAGCCACACUGCAACAAUGUGGUGUGCAGAUACGCCAAACCGCGCAUUUCUGAUUACAGCACACCCUAGGCACCCUUCUUUAAUCUUGGCUGCUGGCGACUCCGGCCACGGCUUCACGCACCUUCCGUCUAUUGGAGGCUUUGUAUCGGACCUUCUAGAGGGUAAUCUCGACUCAAGGAUCGCUAAAUCUUGGCGUUGGAGGCCUGAUACUGGACAGGAAUUCUGGGGCAACGACCUUCUAGGUCGUUCCGGAGCCGGCAACAAAGUCCUUGAUUUGAAGGAAACUAUCACCGAAGGAUGGGUCCAAGGCUGUGACGACUCUGACAUGGCAAAAUCCUCAAAAUUAUAAUAUGGAUUUGAGAGUUGUUACAACUUGUUGCACCUUGUUAUUUGAUUGGUUACAAAGUUAAUAUCACAUAACGCACGUUCAAUAUGGGAUGUUGGUUUUACAAUAUUUUUCAAUAACAGACAAGUGAUUUGAUUUGAUAUUAAUGUUACGAGACUCCAGAUGAACAGUUUCCGGCUUUCUUUAUAG